CAGAGGCGGAGCUUAGACUCCAGAGCCGAGUCUAGGGGUCGGCCCCUAUCACAUCGAAACGGGAAGGUCUUGGCGUUACUAAAUUCUCCAAUGUUCCGGUCCUUGCAAAAGGCAGAACUUCCAACGUGUUUCUUCCGUCGAAACUAUCGAGGUAUUCCACGGCUACGAGUUUUGCGUGAAUCCUACCCAGCCGGCUUCGCUCAUGCGCCAAUGCCAAAAUGAAGCUCUCGGCAAUCACUUUCGGGGUUUUAGCCCUUCUCACGCCGCUGACAGCAGCAUGGACCAAGGAAGACCGCGAAAUUUUCCGCGUCCGUGACGAGCUGAUUGCCCAUGAGGGACCGGAUGUUACUUUCUACGAUUUCCUGGGCGUCAGCCGGGGGGCGAGCCUCGAAGAUAUCAACAAGGCGUACAAGAAGAAAUCGCGGCAACUCCAUCCCGACAAGGUCAGGCAGCAGCUGACGGCCGAGCGCCUCAAGGCCCAAAAGGAAAAAUCCAAGCAAAAGAAGGGCAAGCCGGGAGUCCACGUCACGAAGCCGCCCACGGCCGCCGAACUCAAGGCCGCCGUCAAGCGCGCAGAGGAGCGCCAGACCCGCCUGUCCAUCGUCGCCGAUGUCUUGCGCGGACCAGGCCGUGACCGCUAUGACCACUUCCUUACGCACGGCUUCCCCACGUGGAAGGGCACCGAGUACUACUACAGCCGCUACCGCCCGGGCCUGGGCACCGCCAUGUUCGGCGUGUUCUUGUUCGCUGGUGGUGGGGCACAUUACCUUGCGCUGUACAUGAGCUGGAAGCGCCAGCGCGAGUUUGUCGAGCGGUACAUCAAGUUUGCGCGUCACACCGCUUGGGGCGAGAACCUCGGCAUCAACGUCCCGGGCGUCGAUGCCCAACCCUCAGCUGCUCCUCCCCCGCCACCACCACAGCAGCAAAUGUACCAGGAUGAAGAGGGACGGCCUGUGCCCAUGAACCGGAAGAUGCGCAGGAUGCAGGAGCGCGACGCGAAGAAGGAGAAGGAUGCGCAAACUGGUGGGCGCAAGGCACGGCGCGCCCGGGGCUCGCCCACAGUCUCCGGGUCUGCGACACCGCAGCCCCAGCCCCAGCGCGCUGGCCCGACUGGCACCAAAAAGCGCGUCGUUGCAGAGAACGGCAAGGUUCUAGUUGUCGACUCUUUGGGCGACGUCUACCUUGAGCAGGAGGAUGAAGAUGGCAAGGUGGCCGAGUUCCUGCUUGAUCCCAACGAACUUCCACGUCCCUCUUUUAAGGACACCGCCGUCGUGCGUCUGCCGCUGUGGGCCUACCGGCUGACCGUCGGGCGCUUCUUCGACAAGCGUGCCGACGAAGCUACGGAGGACGAUGCCGAUGAGAGCCCGGAGGUGGAGGCCGUGGACGACGACGAGGCGAACUCCGAGUCCGGCAAGCCCACACCGAGCAGCGGGUCGGCCGAGGACUUUGAGCUGCUGGAGAAGUCGAUCGACGAGUUGGGCCAGACGAAAACCAGCGGCAGCCUGAAGCAGGGAGGCAAGGCCAGCAAGCGGAAGAACAAGAAGAGGUAAUGGGCGAAAGGUUCUGAUUGCUUUUCACAACAUAAGUGUGAUGACUUGCCCGUAGAUAUUUGUUUGUAUAUAGUUUUGGCAGUCAACGAAGGGCAUAGGUUUUGCGACAGGUAACGUGAGAAAAUGAUUGCGCUGCACCUGGGCUUCGGCAUUCCGCGGACCAGGCUGAG